GUUUAAGAGGAUCGUAUUCUGUUGAUGCAGAAAUGGAGAUGAAUCCUAUUGUUGAUCAUCAUCAUCCUCCACGAAGAUCAUAGCUGCUGCUUCUGCUUCUGCAUGUCAUCUCAGGUCUAACUGCUUCAAAACAUCCCCGGAGGCUUCAACAGAGACGCCAGGGGGUUGGAGAAGAGCCCGCCAUGUCCAAUUACAAUGCAUUCUAGACUCAGAAUUAUUUUUGCGCGCGCCGCCGCUAUUUCCGCCGCCUCGUUGUCUCGGAGCACGGAACUUGCAGUUUUCGAACGCUAUACUAGGGUAGCGGACCUUGCCGGAAAAUCUCGCUGGCGGCAUUUAGAUUCCUAUUCUGGCGUGCUUCGGCGAGGUUUCUGUGGCUUUGCCGUUGAGCAGUUCUCCGACGACGAGUAUGAGUGCGAUUACGAAAACAACCCCGCAUCAUCAUCAGUGGCUAAUAUUGAUGAGUGGAAAUGGAAGCUUAGCAUGUUGUUACGAAGUGAUACGAAUCAAGAAAUAGUGUCCAAAGAUAAAAGGGACAGGAGAGACUUCGAGCAAAUAUCCAACCUUGCGAAACGGAUGGGGCUUUAUUGCGAAAUAUAUGGGAAAGUAGUAGUUGCCAGCAAGGUUCCUCUUCCAAACUAUCGGCCGGAUCUGGAUGAUAAGCGGCCUCAAAGGGAGGUGGUCAUUCCUUUGACCUUGCAAAGAAGGGUGGAGGGAUUGCUCCAGGAGCACCUUGACAGAAUGAUUAUGAACUCUGACAAAGGUUGUAAUGAGUUUAAUAAAAUGGAGCCUGAUGGUCAUCUUGAAAAUGGAGAUUCUACUGAGCAAACAGAUUCAUUUCUUGACGGCUCUGUGAUGGAGAAAAUUCUGCAGAGGCGGAGCUUGCGAAUGCGUAAUAUGCAGAGAGCAUGGCAGGAAUCACCUGAAGGCAGGAAGAUGAAUGAUUUCCGGAAGUCUCUCCCUUCGUUCAGGGAGAAGGAACAGCUUCUUCAAGCAAUUGCUAUGAAUCAGGUUGUGGUUAUUUCCGGUGAGACUGGAUGUGGUAAGACGACACAACUUCCCCAGUAUAUUUUGGAAUCUGAAAUAGAAUCUGGUAGGGGAGCCUUUUGUAGCAUAAUUUGUACGCAGCCUCGAAGAAUAUCAGCUAUGGCUGUUGCAGAAAGAGUAUCCUCAGAGAGGGGAGAGCCAGUUGGAGAAUCAGUUGGAUACAAAGUUCGAUUAGAGGGAAUGAAAAGCAAGAAUACACAUUUGCUCUUUUGUACCAGUGGGAUUUUGCUCCGUAGACUCUUGAGUGAUAGAAACCUUGAUGGCAUAACUCAUGUUUUUGUUGAUGAAAUUCACGAGCGAGGCAUGAAUGAAGACUUCUUGUUGAUUGUCUUGAAGGAUCUUCUUCCACGCAGGAGGGAUUUGAGAUUGAUCUUGAUGAGUGCCACCCUAAAUGCUGAUCUAUUCUCGAAGUACUUUGGUGAAGCACCCAUGAUUCACAUUCCUGGGUUCACGUAUCCCGUAAGAGCUCAUUUUCUGGAAGAUAUACUUGAAAUGACUGGAUACAAGCUGACUUCUUUCAACCAAAUAGAUGAUUAUGGACAAGAGAAGUUGUGGAAAACCCAAAGACAACUAGCACCCCGGAAAAGGAAAAACCAAAUUACUACGCUUGUUGAGGAUGCACUGAAUAAAUCAAAUUUUGAGAAUUACAGCUCUAGGGUGCAUGAAUCAUUGUCAUCUUGGACACCUGAUUGUAUUGGUUUCAACCUUAUUGAAGCCGUAUUGUGCCACAUUUGCCGCAAGGAACGUGCUGGGGCUGUACUAGUAUUUAUGACGGGGUGGGAUGAUAUUAGUUGUUUAAGGGAUCAAUUGAAAGCUCACCCUCUGUUAGGCGAUCCUAAUAGGGUCCUGCUGCUUACAUGCCAUGGGUCCAUGGCAACCUCUGAACAAAAACUUGUGUUUGAAAGACCACCUCCUAACAUCCGCAAAGUCAUACUUGCCACUAAUAUGGCUGAGGCAAGUAUUACUAUCAAUGAUGUAGUUUUUGUUGUUGACUGUGGAAAAGCUAAGGAAACCACUUAUGAUGCCUUGAACAACACACCCUGUUUGCUUCCUUCAUGGAUAUCCCAAGCUUCUGCUCGACAAAGAAGGGGACGUGCUGGUCGUGUUCAGCCUGGCGAGUGCUACCAUCUUUAUCCACGAUGUGUUUAUGAAGCUUUUGCGGCAUAUCAGCUCCCUGAACUUCUAAGAACCCCAUUAAACUCUCUCUGCUUACAAAUUAAAAGUUUACAAGUUGAAAGUAUUGGAGACUUUCUGUCUGCUGCUCUUCAGCCACCUGAACCAUUGGCUGUGCAAAAUGCUAUUGAUUUUUUGAAGUUGAUUGGUGCAUUAGAUGAAAAUGAGAGCCUUACGCAUCUUGGGAAGUUCUUAUCUGUCCUUCCAGUGGACCCCAAACUGGGGAAAAUGCUAAUCAUGGGUGCUAUUUUUCAUUGCUUUGACCCUAUAUUGACGAUUGUGGCUGGUCUCAGUGUUAGGGAUCCUUUUCUCUUACCUCAAGAUAAAAAAGACUUGGCUGGAACCGCCAAGUCCAGAUUUUCUGCAAAGGACUAUAGUGAUCAUAUGGCUCUUGUGCGUGCAUAUGAAGGGUGGAAGGAUGCAGAAAGAGAAGGAUCCGCAUAUGAAUAUUGCUGGAGAAACUUCCUUUCAAUCCAAACUCUUCAAGCUAUCCAUUCUCUCCGUAAACAAUUCACCUACAUUCUGAAAGAUGCCGGUUUGCUAGACAUGGAUGGAAUAACUAAUAACAGAUUAAGUCACAAUCAGCCAUUGGUUCGUUCAGUUGUAUGCUCUGGUCUCUUUCCUGGUAUUGCUUCCGUAGUGCACAGAGAAACAUCAAUGUCUUUUAAAACAAUGGAUGAUGGGCAGGUCCUGUUAUAUGCGAAUUCUGUCAAUGCCCGAUAUCAAACCAUACAAUACCCAUGGUUGGUGUUUGGUGAGAAGGUGAAAGUCAAUACUGUGUUUAUACGCGAUUCAACUGGCGUAUCUGAUUCUAUUUUGAUCCUCUUCGGUGGUAAACUGGAUUGUGGCUCUUUGGCUGGAAAUCUAAAAAUGCUGGGAGGAUAUAUCGACUUCUUCAUGGAUCCAAGCUUGGCGGAGUGCUAUUUGAAACUCAAGGAAGAACUCGAUGAGCUUAUACAAAAAAAGCUUCGAAACCCCCGGAUUGACAUCCAAAAGGAGGGCAAGUACCUGAUGCACGCCGUGCAGGAGCUCGUGGCAGGCGACCAAUGCGAAGGGAGGUUUGUGUUUGGGCGCGAAAGCAAGAAACCGAGAGAGCCAGACAACAACGAUAGGUUCACCCAAGACGGGACUAAUCCGAAGACCCUACUUCAGACUCUGUUGACGAGAGCCGGCCACUCGCCUCCCAAGUACAAAACGAAGCACCUCAAGACGAACGAAUUCAGAGGUCUGGUGGAGUUCAAGGGCAUGCAGUUUGUCGGGAAGCCGAAGAGAAACAAGGUUCUGGCAGAGAAGGAUGCUGCCAUCGAAGCGUUGGCCUGGCUGACUCACACUUCUGAUAAUACUAAGCACGACGAAGAUGAUCACUCGCCACCCGAUGUCACUGACAACAUGCUCAAGCUUCUUGGCAAGCGGAGGAAGUCCAAACGGCAUCCUCGUUGAAAGUAGUCGAUUUGAGGGAUUCGGUGAUUUGGAAAUAUAUACUUGGGCUCCUUCGAUGAUUUGCUUGGUCGUGUUUUUAUGGAAUUUUGCUCGGUAUGUAUUCGGAUUCACUUAUUUAUUGAUGAUUUAUUUUUGUUAUUUUUGUUGUUUGAGUUUUGAACUAAUUAAUACGCAAAAUUGUCCAAAAAAGAUACAUUUCUUGAUGAUUCACAAAUCAUCUAUUUUUGAUACAUUCAAAAAAUGUAUUAAUUACAUCCAAAAAAAUAAAAAUCACCCCAUAGAUGCUGCAAUACACGACCACAUGACCCUCCUUCCUAUAUAUUAUACAAUCAAAUACUGUAUAAGAUUAGUAUAACUUAUA